UCUGACGCGGGCGAACACGACCCGCGCACUGGGGGAGGUCCUGUCCCUCGAUGAUCCGCAAGAAAAGCCCUUUAGUUCGCCGUUAAAGAUGGCAGAGGAGGUUUACGAGUCUGUGAUCUGCGUGAAACCGGAGGUUCACGUCUACCGGAUCCCACCCCGAGCAAGUAACCGUGGCUAUCGGGCGGCAGACUGGAAGCUGGACGAGCCGGCCUGGAGUGGCAGGCUGAGGAUCACCUCCAAGGGCAACGUGGCCUUCAUCAAACUGGAAGACAAAACGUCUGGAGAGCUCUUUGCCCAAGCCCCCGUUGAGCAAUACCCCGGCACCGUGGUGGAAGCAGUGACUGACUCCAGCCGGUAUUUCGUCGUGAGAAUUGAGGACGGCAAUGGGCGCCAUGCGUUCAUCGGCCUGGGCUUUGCCGACCGUGGAGACUCUUUCGACUUCAAUGUGGCCCUGCAGGAUCACUUUAAGUGGGUCCGGCAGGAGAGCGAGCUAGCGAAACAGGAGGCAGACCAGAGUACGGCACCCAGACUGGACUUGGGCUUCAAGGAGGGCCAGACUAUUAAAAUCAACAUUGGGAAUAUUAAGAAGAAGGAUAAUCCGCCUGCUGGAGCCUCGAAGGCCCGUCCCGCGGGCGCCGGUCUCCUCCCACCUCCGCCAGGAGCCAAGGGAGGUGCCUUUGUACCUCCUCCAGGGGCCCCCAACCCUGCGUCCUCUGCACAGCCGCCCUCAGCUGCUCUGCUAGAUUUUGGAGAAUCGCCUGGCAAUGCCAAGCCCUCUGCCGACCUUUGGGGUGAUUUCACCACUGCUGCCAGCAGCAGCGGCAGCGGCGGCAGCAAUGAUGCCGUCCAAUCAGGAUGGGUGCAGUUUUAGCGGAAACGACGACGCCGGCGCACAGUUUGGGAUACGGGCGUCUGCUGUGAAUUUCCCCUGCAAGGACGACAUGGCAGGGACUCGAGCGAGAGACUCUGUCUCUCCGCUGCUGUAUUGACCAAGUCAGCGGUGCAUUGUUUCUCCUGCAGGACUGAGAUGGGCCACAAACGCGGUCACACACACACACACACACACACACACACUCGCACACAUACACACACAGAAAUGCCUACAUUUAGAAGCAUGCACACAUCCAUAAAGACGGAACCACACGGAUGUGCCCUCACAUACAUGCGUGUAAAGACAGAGAAACCUACGCAAUGCGUUCCCACACACGUGCACAUACACCAAAUUACCAGCAAUUGUGUAAAGCCUUAUAUUCAUAAAACUUUCCUCUUUUGGGUUUUAUUUUCGUUUUCUAUGCAAUUUAGAAAUGAAUGUAACAGAUCUGUUGUACUUGAUUCGGUGAUCAGCACUGUGACCUUUUACGUGUGUGUGUGUGUGUCUGUGUGCCCCCCCCCCCCCCCCCCCCGUGAUUUGUUUGCGAUACCGCAUAGUAAAUCUUGACUAACACAAGCUGUACAGCAGCCAUAUAUCACACUAAGGUCAUCUCCAUGGCAGCCCCUCUCUUUCCCUCUGACUUUAAAUGCAUUCCGUUUCUCUCCUCUGCUUGGAUAGAGGUGUCCUUGCAUUUCGCCAUUUGUUUCUCCUUUAACAUUGCUAGUUAUUUCUUCUAUAACGUUGUUGCUGGUGUCACUCUUUUUCCUGCUACACCUUCUGCCGGCAGUGCCUCCCUGCCUACUCAGGCCUCGCUUGCACUCUUCCAGACCUAAGAGCACAACUGGUCGAGAGGGACGGGCGGCUGGCCUGGGGGGGGACAUGACCCUCGCCUUGUUAGUAGUGUCGAAUCCCUAGCCUAGCCAAACCUGUCAUUAGAGUAUGACGAAUCUGGUUUUUAUUUUGUUCCUAAACUGAGUAGCCCCUGUGAUUAAAUUUAGAUUUGUCAUUUAUUUUUGACCAGAGUAAAUUCAGAUGUGACCAUACUUUGACUUGUGCUGCUCUCUAGUGUGACUGGACAGGUGACAUAUACAGAUUAUAUAAUAUAAUUAUAUAAAAUUAUAUAAUCUUUGCACUGGUCUUAGUGUUUGCUCUCUCUCUCUCAUUCCUUGUCAUUUUUACAGCAGUUUAACUGCAGUGCCUUAAUCAGGUGGGGUGUCACUUUUUAUGUAAACGACCUGUAUAAAUACAAACAAACGAUUUAUUGUAAAUAAAUGGGAUUUUUCUGUCUGA